ACAAAAAUUCUCGCCGAUAAGGCGCUUACGCUUGGUCGCGGCUCCGUUGAAUUUAUCGGGUAGCGACUUAAGAUAUGCAGAGAGAAUAAUUCUGUAACAGACAAAAAUCCUCCAUUGUAUUUUUUUAUUUUUUAUCAUCUGUGGUAAAAAGAGUUGUUCUGGUUUGUGUUAUUAUUCGAGCGUAGAGUACACCGGACGGUCUUCAGGGUCUUCCGCCUCCGUCAGCAAUUGCCGCACCUACUGAGGGACCAGAGGAAGAAUAUCCUGGGUUUGUCAUAAUUCAUGUGACAUUAGGAGAAUUAACAUAGCUAACUCGUGUGGUCUCAGACCCGCACCUCUGGUGCACUCAUGCAGUCAUGAAAUUCAACGGUCAAGUGCGUCAUGCGGUAUUAUACUUGGAAUUUAUUGAUCGGUUUUAAUUGGAAUUUUAUUCCAACUUGUUGAUUGAUUGUCUCUUUAUUACUGCAUGACAUGUUAUAUAAAAGAGAAUGCGAGAAAUAUUCAGAUAAAAUAAUAUGGAACCUAGAUUAAUUUCUUGCGAUUUUUUCUACAGAACAUAUAUGUACAAUUCGUUGUUUCCGGUUGAGAGAUUUAAAUGCUUUUUUAAAUAGAUUUCUUAGAUUCUGACCUUUCUCAUCGUUUCCUAUAGAUGAAUAAACAAAUCUGUUUAUCGAUUUUGAAAUAUUAAUGAAAGAUCAUUGAGAAAGAUUUAUCAAGAUGAAACAACAUAUUAAAACAUAUUGAUGUUGAAACAUCAUAUCUAAAGAGAUCAUUAAUCCCAGGAAAUGCAAAAAUUGUUCCAGAAGUCAAGGUUCAGCCAGGAUGUAGCUAUUGUAAUGAUCUUUCAACGAGGACACGCUACCACUAAAACUGACAUUCUGAGUUAUGAUUGGAUUGAGUUAAAACAGAAAGAUCUCAACAAUCUUCAUUCUCAAAUAUUUUGAAAUAUGGAAUACUAAUUCAGUAAUUCAUUAACUCAGUUUUUUCAAGGUCACGGUUGAGGGGGAGAAGUGGAAUUUGGUAUAUCUUGUGGAAUGACAUGUUCGCCAUUUCGUUGAGCACGUAUCCACACCCUUAAAUGGAAUCCAAGAUGUACACGCAUUUUGUUGCCAUGGAGAAGUGAAAAAUGCGGUAUAAAGGGAGAAAUGGGGAGUGAGGGUGCGGGCACACAAUGCCCACGUCCGUCAAGCUUGGAUCCUCUUAAUUAACUCUGGGGUCUCUUCGUUACAACUUCAAACGGCACUUCGUCUUCCUCCGGAGGCACUUGGCUUGACUUCUCCCUCCAUGUUUAGCUGAAAAGACACACCACCGGUUACGCACUCAAGUCUUCCGGGUCUAACUAGUGUCAUAAGGUUACCAGAGAUCGAAAUGUAAAUCAUGAUGCGCAAGUUAGUCAACUAUUCAGGCUAAUAUUUAUGUACCUGCCUCGCUAAACAAUGAAUGAUAAAAAUGCGAAAAUCUUCGUUUAUUCUUCAUGGAUACUAAAUACCGAAAGUAUCGUGCCCCAGUGGAGCAUUAACGUCGCAGGUGGCAGUAUCGUCUCGGUUGUUACGAGGCCUCCCGUUGAACCAACAAGUUUCGUUAAAACGUCUUCCUCUUUUAUCCAAUGAAGUUCGAAUGCUCAUGUUUCUAAAUUGAAUAGAUCACACCAUAGCAACGAAUAAUAGAUAUGAUCAGCCAAAUUUAAUUGAGUGAAUCCAAAUCUUCGUUAGUCUCAAUAAAUUUUCCACGUUAACCAAAGCAAAGAACAUCUGCUAAUUUGAAUUGACAUUAUAAUUCGUGAGGUGAAGAGGACUAUUAAAGAUAUGAAUCGACCUCAAUAGAACACAAGAAAUGCGAGCUAUGGAAGAGCUCCGGAGAAGAUCAUAGGAGGGACUUAUGCAGCUCGGAGAGAUUGUCCACAGGUGGUGGGAGUCCGUACCCCAGCUGAUACAGUUUGUGCAGGAAGUGUACUAGGCAAAAUGCAUAUUUUGACAGCAGCUCAUUGCGUCAAAAAUGACGGAGUUCUUCGUUGGGACUUUCAAAUCAUAACGAACACUCAUAACUGGUUUCACAGGGAGAACAACGUAUUUGGAGUGUACAAGGCCCUCAUACACAAAGAUUUCAAGUACGGUUUGCAUAACAAUAGAUAUAAUUUUGCUGAUAUCGCUGUUCUAAAGUUGGAUAGAGAAAUUCCCUUGAAGUCGUUGCCAAAUCUGCAGAGAAUCCGUCUGCCAAGUAAUGGAAGUCAGACUGAUGAAGAUGUGGAGGUAUGCGGCUGGGGGAAAACCACAGAAGCUAGUGUGGAUCCAUCGACAUGGUUGAAGAAACUAGAAGCGAAAACUAUCAGUUUGUCUGAAUGCCAGAGGCUCUUGCCUGAUCAGGUCGAUACCGGAAACAUCUGCACUGUCAGCGAUCUUGGUGAGGGAGUAUGUGAUGGUGAUAGUGGUGCUCCUCUGGUUCGUGGAGGUGAAACUAUCGGCAUCGUUUCCUGGGGACCGGACUGUUCCAGCGGACGUCCACAAGUCUUCACUGAUGUUUACAGGUACAGAAACUGGAUCCAAACUGCUAUGGCCUGGAACAAUGAGACGACUGCGACUUUGUAUGAUCGAUGGCUCUAUCUAUAG